UGACUUGACCGGUGUUGGAUCUGAUAUGGGAGUGAUUAUUUCAAAGGGAAAUAAAGGCAAUCAUCCCAUCAAUUUUAAAGAACAUUUUAAAAGAGAGCUGAGACAAUGGGAAGAUAUUGAUAGGCGGUUUGCACAAAACUUCCAAACUAUUGAAGCAUCCACUUCCGAGACGGCAGGUGAUACUGAAGCACCCUCUUUCGAGACGACAUGUGAUCACCAAUCACCCAAUAUUGAGUAUAGCACUAGUGGAGCAUAUGGGAUUCCGGUGGUUGAGGAAACAAAUAUUCAACUCGAGCAGAAUGAGGUUGAUCACCAAUCACCCAAUAUUGAGUAUAGCACUAGUGGAGCAUAUGGGAUUCCGGUGGUUGAGGAAACAAAUAUUCAACUCGAGCAGAAUGAGGUUGAGUUGAAUGACAAUGUGGAAAUUGUUAACGACAUUGGGGAUGAAAAUGCGCGGAGGGAUGGUUUCAGAAGGGUGCGUCGGCGCGGCAUAGCGACUCCUCCAGCACCUCUUACAAGAGACAGAAGAGAGAGGAAGAAACCCGAUAAAUUUACGCACUCAACUGAUCACAUGAAAGCUAUGCGCGCAAAACUUGAAAGACAAACGAAGAGAAAGAGCAUGAUUCAAAUAUUAUUCUCUAUUCGAAAGAAGUGUGGGAUUUCGUUUAGGAAGAGUAAUACCAUUCUUGGUCCUGGUUUGCAUAGGAUGCACAUUUAG